AUGGUUGCUCCGCGACGGAGCGGUGGAAACAUGACAUCGACGUCAAACAACCCUCCGAAAGGCACGAAAUUGAGGAGGAUCACAAAUGCCAGUAGGAUAGAAAAGCCUCAUAAGCCUGCUGCAGUCCGGCAUUCCAUCUUGCGGUACCCUCCUCCACAAACCAACAGUUCAGCACUAUCAAAGUCCAACAUCGGGCUGGACGGCCUUACUUCCACCUCCUCAACCACAGAAAGAAUAUCUGAGGGAUGCUCUUCGACUAUACCAGAAGUUUUUCUGCCCGAGAAAGCUAGAGUUUCUACCGAACAAGUCAUGGUCGCUCUGCAGAAGCUUAUUACGCCUGGUACCUCACACAACCCCAUCGUCCUGACUGAGGAUUCCCCGCCAUUAAGCGGCCAAGCAAGGACGAGGCACUCCUUGAAACUCAAACCACACAGGUCUCAGGAAAGACACAGCAAAUUGUAUAUUUUUAAGUCUCCGUAUACUGCUCUUGGCCCCAGGCCUGCGAGUGGGAGCACAUUUACCGGUCGUCAAAGCCACGACAAGUACCGCAUGCGUACAGCGAAGAUGGCUCAGCCAGACUGGCACCUGAGAAGAGACCCGACAUACCAGCAAGAGCUUCCGUUUGAGUUGCAGUAUCCAAUGUCGGCUCAGUAUCUAGCGCCACAGCAAAAUAUUGCAUAUCCUCAACCAGGUGUUCGGUGUUAUGCGCCGCAUCUUUUAACAUACCGACGUCCACCUACUGAAGAGCAGCUACAAAUUAAGGCAGUGCAAUAUAUACGCGAGUACCCAAGAUUGUCACCACGCAGAAGGGAAAUGGCCGAAGAUCCCGACGAGAUCAGCGAGUCGGAAUCCGAAGAGAUCGAUCUCGACACUGCGCGUUCUCCUCCCAAUCGUGGUCCCACGCAGAACUUCAGGUGUGCAGCAGAAACCAAGGAUGAACCUUCCGCCGGCUUGCUCAAUCCCUAUAUCCAGCUCACACCGCUCGUAGAGCAUGCUUCGCUGCUCUCCUCACUUUUGCGCGCAUAUCCGCAAUCUAGAGAUCAAAUGGGCCUGAGAGAAGACAUCGCAAUGCUAGCAUCCAUACAGAACCAGCACUUGGCCGAUUGGAUGAAGUUCGAGAGCGGUCGAUCUCGAAAGCAAGCAAAUCCGCACACUCCCUGUGCGAGCAAGAGUACGACCAUCUCGCCAGUGAAAUCGCUUGUUUCACGUUUGACCGAACCAGAGCGAGCUAGAGCGGAGGAAAGAAGGAGGCAGGACGACGAGAUUCGCGGGUUUCUUUCUGCAAACGCAAAUCUGUGGCAGGACGGGUCGGGAUUGACUGUUGCAGAUGUGUAUACCGAGACCAGGGCUCCGACACCAACCGCAAGUCAUGAUGAAGCGAGUAUGAACAACGUCGCUGCCGCGUUAGUCAGCGCAGCUUCGCCAGUACGCUGCACUACCAAGGCUCCGAGCCCCUCGCCUGAGCGGGGUACGACUCUUGCUUCGCCAGCAGUUGAAGCCAUGAAGAAUUAG